AGCGGACUGAUUAGCGACACUUAAUGGGAGUCGGCGUUGCGUCGAGGUCGGGUCAACCGCAGCCGCCUUUCAUAUCGACGCUCUCCGAACGAAACAAUCGUAUCUACGCAGCUUUUCCCGUUUCCAGCAUUAUCGCAAAUUGCUACGCAAAUAAGGACGAGGCCGCGGACGGAGCGAGGAGAAACGAGGCAGUAGUUUCCCGAGCGAGAUCCCGAGACGUCUCUCUGGACCAGGACCGGCGGGCUCGCGGGGUGAUGCUAGCGGCACGCUGCGGGGGCUGAGGUGGCUGUUACCGAGGCUGAAGAAGUGGCGAAGUUGCUGAAAAUCGGCGCCGGGAGCGGAAGAUCCGGGCAGCGGUAGUGGUGGCGGAACGGCAGGGGUACUAUGGGAGCGGGGGAAUGGGGGGCGGAGGAGGGCUACAAGCCACGGACCUCCGGCGAAGGCUCGAGUCCCGGUGUUCAGGAAGCACUCUUCCCCAGAGCCCUCGUUCCUUAAGGCACGAUGGUUCCUCGGAAACGGAUGGAGGCCACCGCGACCACGAGGAAAGGGUUGGCCUGCAAGCGACCCUUGCUUCCGGUCAACCGACUUGUACAGGUUCUUCCCGGCCGUGCAGGCGUCAGGAGGACGAAGAGAAUGGCCACGAGAAACGUGUGAGAAGGUCGAAGGGCGGGGGCGGCCUGCUCGGCACCCUCUACGGAAAGCUGAGGAGGAUCUCCGUCGGAGGAUUCCUCGGCAACGAAACCGAAGAGGAUGAGACUGGCAAGAGGCAUCGGUUCCGGUGGUGUCGCAGGGACUUCCGGUGGAUCGCGGAUGUGGCGACGAGGACCCUGCUCCUCGGUAUCGUGCUCUUCGUCACGCCAGGUCUCUGCCACCAGGACGCGGUGCACAUCACGGCACUCCGGGGGGAGAGCGUUGUCUUCAACUGUCACGUAGAGUUCCCCGGUGAGCACCCAGUGCCCUACGUUCUCCAAUGGGAGAAGAAGGGGCAGGAGAUACCGAUAUACAUAUGGUACGAGUCGUAUCCGACCCACAGUGGCGAGGGUUACGAAGGUCGAGUCUCGAGGGUGAACCCGAAUUCACCGUACGGCGUGGCGUCGCUCAACCUGACCGACAUCCGCGAGAGCGAUCAAGGAUGGUACGAGUGCAAGGUCGUCUUCCUCAACAGGUCGCCCAACAGCCACAAGAAUGGUACCUGGUUCCACCUGGACGUUCACGUGCCGCCGAAAUUUAGCAUCACGCCGGAGGACAUGAUCUACGUGAACGUGGGGGACGCGAUAAUACUGAACUGCCAGGCGGAGGGCACGCCGACGCCGGAAAUGGUCUGGUACAAGGGCGAGAACGCGGUGCAGCUGUCGAAGUUCAUCGGGAUAUUCAACGACGGCACCGAGCUCAGGAUCUCGGAGAUCAAGACCGAGGACAUCGGGGAUUACACGUGCAUCGCGCACAACGGCGAGGGCCAGAUCAGCCACACGGCCCGCGUCAUUAUCGCAGGUGGAGCAGUGAUCACCAUUCCCCCGACGAACCAGACGAAGCUGGAGGGCGAGAAGGUGCAGUUCUCCUGCGAGGCGAAGGCUCUACCUGGGAACGUGACAGUGCGCUGGUUCCGAGAGGGUGCGCCGGUCAGGGAGGUCUCGGCGUUGGACACGAGGGUGUCGAUCAAGGCCGACGGGAGCCUCGUGAUCAACCCUGUAAGCGCUGACGAUUCCGGCCAAUAUCUCUGCGAAGUGACCAACGGCAUCGGCGAUCCGCAGAGCGCCAGCGCUUAUCUCAACGUGGAAUAUCCAGCUAAGGUGACGUUCACACCCACGGUCCAGUACCUGCCAUUCCGUCUCGCGGGGGUGGUGCAGUGUUACAUAAAAGCGAACCCGCCGCUGCAGUACGUGACGUGGACGAAGGACAAGCGGCUGCUGGAGCCGUACCAAACGAAGGACAUCGUGGUGAUGAACAACGGCUCGCUGCUGUUCACCAGGGUGAACGAGAACCAUCAGGGCAGAUACACCUGCACGCCUUAUAACGCGCAAGGCACGCAGGGCAGCUCCGGUCCCAUGGAGGUUCUGGUGCGAAACCCUCCGGUGUUCACCCUCGAGCCGGAACCGAUUUAUCAGAAGAAGGUCGGCGAGAUGGUCGAGAUGCACUGCGACGCUCAGGAGGCGGAGGGCACGCAGAAACCUUCGAUCCAGUGGCACAGGAGAGACGGCGCGUCCAUCGAAAGCAAUCGGGCCAAGUUCGUCGGCGGUAAUUUGACGAUCGAGAGCCUACGACGAUCGGACUUUGGGUUCUACCAAUGCAUCGCGUCCAAUGAAGUGGCCACCAUUUCGGCUUCCACGCAGCUGAUCGUCGAGGGGACCCAACCCCACGCGCCUUACAACGUUUCUGGGACUGCGACCGAGUUCUCCGUCACGUUGACGUGGCUUGCGGGCUACUCCGGAGGACCUGACUACAAGCAGGACUACACCAUUUGGUACAGAGAAUCGGGUACGUCGGAUUGGGAGACGAUCCCGGUGACACCCUCGGGCAGCACAACGGUGACGAUCAACAGACUGAUACCAGGCACGCUGUACGAGUUCCAGGUGAUCGGGAAGAACGCCCUGGGCGAUGGGAUGCUGAGCAAAGUGAUUACCAUCAGGACACUUGACAUCUUAGAUUAUAAUACCCUUGUCCUACCGACCGAUUCAACAGGCAACCCUGUCUACCCGCCGAUCAUGCGCCCCAAAGGACCAAAGCCAGGUCCUCCGAAGAAUCUCACGGUGACAGAGAUCAGUAAUGGUUUCCUGAUAACCUGGCAAGCACCCGUGGAACGGAACCACCUAAUUCAGUACUAUACCAUUAAGUACAAGACGGACGGACCCUGGAAAACGCUCAACAAGGGACAAAUCCGACCCGAGGAAACCAGCUAUUUGGUGAAGAAUCUGGUCGGUGGUAGGACCUAUUAUUUCCAAGUGUUCGCGAAUUCGGCGACGAACUACGGCGCGAGCGAGCAGGUGAAAUUUCCUGUGCCGGCACGCGUCAAGCACAAGGCGAUCACCGCGGGCGUGGUCGGUGGUAUAUUAUUCUUCAUCGUCGCGAUCAUCCUGAGUAUAUGCGCGGUGAAGAUAUGCAAUAAGCGGAAGAGACGAAAACAGGAGAAAGAACUGCUUUCAGCGUAUAGUAUGGUGUCUUGCCGGGUGACCGACGCCAGGAACGGCGCAGGGCAGGGGCCCCAGGGAACAGUGCCUUUGAAAAAACCUAGAAAAAGCCGAGUACCAGGUCUAAACCUGCUGCGCGAGAUCCUGACCCCGGACACGCCGGACUCGUGCCGCGGUCGUCCGUUGGGCAAGAUCUCACGCGCGGCGGACGGCCGGUUCGUGGUCGCCGACUCGGUGCUGAGCUCGGCGAACAACAGCAUCCUGGACGCGUCCAGCAGCGACGACGGCGGUUUCCUGCCUAAGCAACGCCUGAAGUCGUCGUGGCGUCGGCCGCUGGUCGGCACGAGCCAGCUGAGCCUGCGAUCGGACGGCAGCGGGGUGUCCGUGAACGGAGGGGGUCUGCAAUCGAUGAUGCACCACCAUCUGCACCACCACCAUCACCACGGGACGGUGAACUCUCUGGCGAGGAUCGCGCCGGCGAUCUGCACGAUCUCGUCGCCGAGGUUUCUCGCGAGCUCGCCGAGCGGUCCGCAGGUCCCGUGGACGCCGCUGUACUUCAGCGACCUGAGCUCUGUGAGACAGCCGUCGUCGGUCGAGCGGUCGUUCCCGACGCCGCCGGACUAUCUGCAGCUGCGGUCGAUGCACCAACGGUACAGCCAGGAGCUGCCCUCGCUGAAGGCCAUCCACGCGGAGUCCAGGAGGUUCGUGCCGGUACAGCCUUUGGCCACCUCGUCGCCGCCGCAGCCGGCGGGCAGGCCGAGGGCCAGGCUGCCGCCUAGACACGCGAGGCACGCGAGGUCCGCUCCCGAGCUGGCCGCGUCCCCGGACCUGGAGACAUCGCCCGAAAGCAGGUCCAGCAGCUCCGGUUUCGGCAGCAAGAACACAUCGCAGCAGAACCAGAGCUCCAGGAGCGGAAGCACCGUCGCCGAAUGGAGACCGCCGCCUUACAGGCCGCCCCCGCCGCCUUUGGUGGGCCGCUGGCUCGAGCUGCAGGACCAGGCGAAGCUCGUCGGGCACACGCACAUACAGAACGCCGUCGACGCCGGCAGCGUCGACGGACACUACGAGUUCGACCCGGUGUCCUGCACGCCGACGCCGACCUCCGCCUCCACGCCGACCAGGGAGGAGAGGCCGCCCGUUCAUCAGAUACACGCGAUACACGUGCCGCAUAUCCAUCAGGUGCACACCGUGCACCAUCAGCCAGCCAGGUACACCAGGGACAACAUCGAGGCCAGGGUGCAGGCGAUGAAGGCCGAGUUCCAUCAGUUCAGGCAACGACAGGCCAGGAGGAGGCAGAGCGCGCAUCUGGAGAGCGCCUGUUGACCAAACUCUGUUCCCGAGGCACAUUCGGACCCCACCCAACACUGGGCCAGUCUUUCUCGCGAUCGGGUCUGCUCGGGCGAAUCUGUGAUCCCCAAGCGACGACGAUGAUGAAAGCGAUGCGUCGUCGCUUCGCCCGUCGGAACGCGGACACCUGGGAGAGCUGGCUCGUCGAGGAGACACCGACGACCGUUCUAGCACAACGAGGAUCGUCAGAUCCAUGUCAAUUCCACUGCAACCAUCUAUCUCUGCCCUGUUGCAAACCGGAGAAUUGUUCCGUCGUCGACGUGUAGCAGACGACGCGGCGGGGUGAAAUAGAGACUCGGAGGAUCCGAGAGGAGAUUAGACUCGAUAGGAUCCGAGAGAGAGAGAGGACUCGAGAGGGUCGUCACGUGGACCCGCGACCACCGACCAUUGCCGACGCUAUGUUCCAGGAUCGGGAUAACGAGAGACGGAUGAUAUCGAACGGGAUUUCAGUUCGAUGGGAAACUUGUGGCGAGAGAAGAGUGCGAGAGGUAGACGAGCGCCGCGACACGAUCGCGAUUCAUACACACUGUACGCGCCGUGCUCCGUGAUAUAUAACCCUUUCGAUGUCGAGAGGGGGAACGACACUUAAGAUUUAAAUAAUCGUACGCAUUUAAGUGACGAUCGUUUACGAUACGAGAACGCGCGAGCAGCGGCUGAUUGAUAAGAAGUCGAAUGCAUCGUUGCAGUUGUAACAGUACGCGCGCACACACGUAAACACACACAUAUACACACACGCAAGAACAUAGACAUGCAGAUUGAUAGAGAAAAGAGUGUGAGAUUAUGGAAAUUCAGGCUGCGCGAGCUCGAUCUGAAACGCUGUAAAACGCUGCCCGAAACCCGCGCAGAUCCUCGCUUCGACGAAGAGCUCGAUCUUUCAUGCGCGUCGCUUCGAGAGCUGAUUUCUAGAGAAUUAGGGCAACCAGAGGAGAAAGCUAGCUAUUGUAUUAGAGUCACAGGUUAAAUUGAGAAAAGGGGAGCUUUUCGAAGCAGAACGAAUCCAAGACGGUAACUCUCUGCUUUAAACGUCGGCUGGCGGACGUCGGGUCCAUUUCGACCCGGGGUUUCGAUGAUAUAGGUGAAAAUUUUGCGGCAGACAGAUUUGUAAUCAACUGUUGAUAUAUCGAAUCGAAUGGAAGGAUCGACUUUCGGUCUCGAUGAGGUUUUAGGUUUAAAAAUAGGCGAAUGAAUAUUGAUCGCGAAAUUAUGGACCCGCUCGAAAAUGUCCGCCAGUCGAGGAUUAAAUGUCGGUCGCUGUGUCAUCGGAAGCACGCUAAUUGCAACAUGGUGUCGUAUUAUGUUCGGUGCACAGGAAGAGAGAAUUCUUUCUCGCGGAGAGGACGAUGCGUUUGGUUUCGUGCAGCGUUUCAACGCUGUCGCGCGCGCGCGGACGCAAUGAUGAAGCAUCGUACAUGAAGACAUACAUACAUACAUACAUACAUACGUACAUUCAUACAUGCAUAUAUACAUACAUACAUUCAUAUAUACAUACAUACAUACAUGCAUACAUACAUUCGUACACAUACAGGGAGACAGGUACACACGUUCGAUAGACGCCGAGGAGAACACAGCGGAGAAAAACUACCAGAAGUAAAUAAGUAAUUAUAUCGAUGAGCUCGAUGGACUCGUGAAACGUGAUAUUAGGCCGAAGCUUGCCUCGAGAUUGCUUAAGGACUCACUCGUACUGCACUGCCUGUUUAGGGUUUCGCUAGCGACCCAACAUAUUAUCGGCACAAUAAUUUUUCUUAAGCAACGUAAAACCGAGAAAAUUGAAAAAAAGAUAAGGGGAAACCAAGUAACAAGCAAACGGAGGAAAAAAAAGGAUAAAAUAAACUAAAAUAUAAAUAAAAUACAAGUAAUGUAAAGAGAAACGAAGAGAGGAGUAGGAGAAGAAGAAGAAGAAGAAAAAGGAGAAGAAGAAAGAUGAGGAUGAGGAGGAAUAUAAAGAGAAAUGAAUCGUAUUCAGGCGAGCGCGCGCGCGCGUUUUCCCGCUCGGCGUACACGCGCGUGCACGCCUUCCCGCGACAUCUCGAUAAGAAGAAGAAGAGAGAAAAAACGAAAAAAAAGAGAACACACCGCUCGCCGUCUUUUUCUGCGCGUGGAUCGCGUGAUAAUUAUGUAAUUAUCGGGCCUCUUUCGCUCGCAAUACCAACGCAAAACGAUUUCGGGCAUCGCGCACCCGCGGCUACCGAGAGACACUUACAUACCAAGAGAACAAAAAAAAACGAGAUAAAACGUUACACACGCAUAUAUUAUAUAUAUAUAUAUAAAUAUACACACACACAUCCUCGAGAAGAACUGCCAACAUAAUCGACGAGAGGGAGGAGGAAAACACGUCGAUCCGUCGUCAUGAUCGUCGCCGUCGCCGCCGCCGUCGUCGUCGUCGUCGUCGUCCGAUCGUCGCGACGGAGAUCGAACUCGCGGGGAGCUGAAGAGGCCCUAAUUCUUCGAGAGACACGCGACGGCAGUUUUCGGCGAUCCCGCGAAAUCGAUUCGGCCGCCGCACUUGGACGCGGUUGGUCGAUUAAAACGCGUCGUCCUCGAGCAAGACAGAACGCGGCUGUCUCGGACAUUCGGGCGAAAACGUUCGCCAAAAUUUAGACAAAUUCAGGGCAGACACCAGGCUGAUGCACCGACCGCGAUCGUUGCGCGUCGACGACGAGUAGGCUGCGGAUUUCGACAAAGAUGCGCGCUCGCGACGAAGACGACCGUGUCAAAGAAAUUCUGACGCGGUAAAAACGUCGAACACAUUGUAAAGUAUCGGUUAAUAUUUGUUCCCGAAAUCACAAAAACACCCGAGCGGCUCCAGCUUCUCGCGAGAAGCAUUCAUUUCGCGCGGAAAUCCGCGGUCUCGAAGAAUCGAAGGAAAUUCCGAAUCGCUGAACGAAACGAUUCACCCGCGACAUUUUUAUUUCGCGCGAAGCUCCGCCAACGGCGUCGCUAAGAAAACCGUUGAAUCGGCCCGUCCGCGAGAGAAAUCGUAACGCGAGGAAUCAUCGUUCGAGGAAACUUCUGUGAAAGCAAAGACCGCGCAUGUUUCAGCGAAUCGCGUUCGCGCGGUCGGUGCAUGUGACCGGUGCAUACACCGAGGCUCUCGGUGCCGGUAUAUCGAUCCCCUGUUAUCGAUUGACCCCGAAUUAUUGUAGGUCGAAGCCCGUGGCCGGGCCCGAGAGCGUGUCGAUGGUGAAACACGGGCUAAAUUCCGCGACCGCGGACGGAACGAGAACGCGACCUAAGCCGAGGGGACACACGUCGGGGACCGGUCCCGUCCCCGCUUUGUAAAAAGAGAGACAAAUGGUUCCCGAAUUCGCGGGAGAGCACCCACACACACACACACACACACACACACACAUACACACACGAACACGCAUAUACCACCCACCUCCCCGAUAUCCAGUUUCCUGCGUUCGGACGAUCGACGGGGAGACAAAACGACGAUCGAACGCUCUCGAUCCGCGGCCACGCGCGCAGCUCCCGGAUCGUCGAGUUGCCCUCUGCGUGUCUCCGCAAGCAAGUUUCACUUUGUUUUUAUAGUACAAACACUUAUUUAUAUACGUACGUAAUUAUACAUACUUAUAUUAUAUAAAGUAUUAGCAAGGGCCCUACUCACGAUUCAACUAUAACGAGAAAGAAGGAAGAAAGAAAGAAAGAAAGCGAGAGAGAGAAAGAGAGAAAGAGGAGGCCGAAAAUCCGGGCGGACACGCUCUCUCGGCUAUGUAGAAUCGUUCCGCUCGUUCCGAGACGGUAGAGAGGGAGCGAGCGUGUUGUCUUGCGGUGCGUGGGUGUGAUACAGACGAGAGAAGGACGAGAGGGGGAGAGAGAGAGAGAGAGAGAGAGAAAGAAAUACCGGGUUACGCGAACGAGAGGCGAAGCGAGGAAGAAUGCACGCGCGUGUCACCGAUAGGUAACACGGUUUUUCAAUCGUCGUUCGUUCGAGAGAAAGAGAGAGAAAGAAAGAGAGAAAGAGAAAGAAUGCGAGAGAAUGCGAGCGAGAGAGAAAAAGAGAGAGAGAGAAUGAAACAGAGAGAAUGCAAGUGCGCGAGAGUGAGAAUGAGAGGAACGCGGAGGUCCCAGGAGGAUGCUAGAGAAACAAAAGGGGUGACGCGAAAGAGUACCAAUAUUCUAAAGUAAUUCUAAUGGUUGACUUAAUAAUUUGAUAAUUAAUUGAUAUUGUAAAUCGUAAACGACCGUAGCGUGUAGCGUAUUAAUCAACGAGAACGACGAACGCGGCGACGAUUAAUUCUAUUUACAUUAAUUACAUGUAUUGCCCGGGAUUUCGAGAGGAACGAAGUCAGAGCGAGAGCGAGCGAGAGAAAGAAAUCAAGCAAGCAAGCAAGAAAGAGAGAGAGAGAGAGAGAGAGAGAGCGAUUCGUGAGAGGAAAAGGAGAGCGAGGGGCCGGCGCGCGAUCGUGCCGCGCAGAAUAAUCGUGUUUCGAUCGGUCGUCGCCGAUUGUAUCAUAGCAAGAAUCGCGUUAGAGACACGCCUCGAUCUUCAUACAUACAUAUAUUACAUAUAUAUAUAUACAUACACGUAUGAAUGUAUAUAUAUAUAUAUAUAUACAUAUAUAAAAGCGUGCACGAUCUCCGCGAUAAACGUCGACGAGCAUAAUCGGAGUCCGAUCGAUCGCGUCGCGACUCCGCGAGAGCGUGGGGAACGAUCGAAGAACACUUUUGUACCGCGAUCGGGAUUAUACAAACGACGUUUCCCACCCGCGCGACGUCGACGAUCGGACGACGGACCGUCGCGCGAAUUUUUGGCCGUCGACGAAACAUUAUCGUAGCUCGAACUAAGGAAAGGAGGAGAAGACCGGGGAACGUCGAAACGAGCCGCCGACGCCGAUUUUUACCCGGGGGCCUCUUCUUUCGCCGGCCCCUCGGCGAGCUCGAGCAUCGAGACGAGGGACGCGGGGAAACCAACCAAUCGACAUAGGCAUAUAAGUAACGUGUAGAUAUAUCAUAGUUAGAUACAACGAUCUCAAGAGGACGCGCGGAGAGUGGACGAUCGCUCGGAUCGGCAUGGAUCGGAUGCGGGCGUAAUUCGAAAGUUUUUUCGAGAGUGCGUGUCUGUCUCUGUUCUGCGUUUGUGCGUGUAUGAAAAGAGCGAGAACGUGAGAGAGCGAGAGAGAGAGAGAGAAAGAUAUAAUUAGCGAGUAAAAUAUUAUAUAUGUGUAUACAGAAAUCGAAGGAUUCGAUCCGGAUCGAGAGAGCAAGAAAGAAAGCGAGAGAGAGAGAGAGAAAAAGAGAGAUUGGACAAUGGUUCCGCGCGAUCGCGUGUGUUUACGAAAUAAUAAUAUGGUUGAAUCGUGAAUUCGUUCGUGUAACGUUCGUCAUCAACAAUCAUUACCGAUAACUUCGUUUCACGUCGUCUAUUCCUUUCGUUCCGCAAAAGGCCUUUUUCUUCUACUCUCCCAGCCCUCCCCCAUCCCCAUGUCACCCACACCGGUUCCACUUUUCAUCUCCCCCAUCCCCCGCCUCUCUUUACUUCUGUCUACGAGUUUCUAUUUUUUUCAUUCGAGAUUUUCUCUCUAUUUCUAUUGUUAAUCUCGAAGGGUUCGAUCGUCACACGGCUUUCUGAUUUGCGUUCGCGACACACGGAUACAAACACACGCAUACAAUCACAUGUACACA